CCUGAUGACCAAGAGACACUCCCGACCCCAGCGGAGACCAGUUCGGACGCAGUGUGGAUAAAAGUGUGGAGCAGCAGCAGCAGCAGUCAGGAUGAUCCCAGUCGGAGAGUUUAGAAACUUCGGCACAGAGCUGAACGCAAAGUAUCGGGUCCUGAAACCGUGGUGGGACGUCUUCUCAGAGUACUUGUGUGUUGCUAUGGUCAUGAUUGGAGUCUUUGGGUGCAGCUUGCAGCUCACCCAAGACAAGAUUGCGUGUCUGCCCAGCCCCUUCACAAGCCCGACACCUGCAGCAAUUGACUGUAGCUAUAUCCGGAGCUACAGGGAGAAUGAGACAUCACAGCACACCUUGAUCAAACCAACGAACCCCAUCAUCCAGGAAGUGUUUGGCCGCAAAAACAACCUGGACAUUCACCAAUAUGUGUUUGUCAACCACUACUGCUAUGAGAGGUUUGUCCACUGGUACGCAAAGUACUUCCCAUACCUCGUAGUAAUCCACACUUUGGUCUUCAUGGUAGCCAGCAGCUUCUGGUUCAAGUUCCCUGGGACAUCUUCUAAAAUUGACCUCUUUGUGACCAUUCUUGGGAAGUGCUUUGAUUCACCCUGGACCACAAGGGCCCUGAGUGAAGUUUCUGAGGAAAGAGGAGAGGAGAAGCUUGUUAAUUGGAGGAAGAACACUGUGUCAAAGGAUUCCACAGAACGACGACCAGAUGAGGAGGAGACUGUAGGUCUUCUCCGCUCUUCCUCUGUCAAGUCUAAUCCAGACAAGAAAAGUCCAGAUUCUCAGUCUGGCCCCUCUCUGUUGGAUAAAAAGGAAGGAGAGCAGGCCAAAGCACUUUUUGAAAAGGUGAAGAAGUUCCGAACUCAUGUAGAGGAGGCAGACCUUUUGUAUCACAUGUAUGUGCUACAAACAUCAUUGAAAGUUUUCAAGUUCAUUCUAAUCAUUAUCUACACUGCAGUGCUGGUACCAAACAUUGAGAUUGUGGUGCGGUGUUAUGUUCCUCCUGAGCUGACUGGUUUUGAUAUCUAUUGCUGUAACCACAACAAAGCCCAUCUCUUUUCAAAGCUGGCAUACUGCUACAUCUGUUUUGUGGGAGUGUAUGGACUGCUAUGCAUCUACACCCUCUACUGGCUGUUCCAUCGACCUCUGAAGGAGUACUCCUUUGAACAGGUCAGGCUGGAGACAGGUAUUAAUGACAUACCAGAUGUGAAGAAUGAUUUUGCAUUUCUCCUGCACCUUGUGGACCAAUAUGAUGCUCUUUAUUCUAAAAGAUUUGCUGUCUUUCUUUCGGAAGUCAGUGAGAGCCGCCUUCAACAGCUUAAUCUCAACUAUGAGUGGACUGACAAAAAGCUGCGCACCCGCCUUAUCAGGAACUCCAAUAACCUGCUGGAGCUCCAUCUCUUAAUGUUGCCUGGACUUCCCGACACCGUAUUUGAGAUGCCUGAGGUGGAAUCACUUAAACUAGAGCAAGUGAAUAAUGUCACCAUCCCGGCUAGUGUGGCAAAACUGGACUCUCUUAAGGAGUUAUCACUUAUCUACUGUCCUACAAAGCUCCAACUUUCUGCACUGAACCACCUCAAAGAGCAUUUGAAAGUCCUACGAAUAGCUUUUGAAAGUUUAGAAGAGGUCCCUGAGUGGAUGUACACUCUGCACAGCCUAGAGGAGGUACAUCUGAAUGGUCCUUUAAACAAUGAGGUAUCCAAAAGUGUCACUCUGGAGUCCCUUCGAGAGCUUAGAUCUUUGAGGGUCCUCACUCUCCAUUCCAACCUCACAAAGAUCCCCCAAAGUGUUGUGGACGUUGCGCCGUACCUGCAACGGCUCUGCAUCUACAACGAAGUUGUCAAGCUCCAAGCUCUUAGCAGCCUGAAGAAGUUUAACAACCUAGUUUCAUUAGAGUUGGUGGGGUGUCAAUUAGAGCGCAUCCCAAGUGCUGUCUUCAGCCUGAACAAUCUUCAGGAGUUGGACCUCAAGGACAACAAACUUACCACCGUGGAGGAGAUUCUGAGCUUACAGCACUGCCAGCGUUUGGUGACGCUUCGACUGUGGCACAAUAAAAUCUCUUACAUCCCUGAUCAUAUCAGUAAGCUGCACACCCUGGAGACACUGGACAUUAGCUGGAACAAGCUAAAAAAGCUCCCCUCUCGACUAUUCUAUUGCACCAAACUCAGGAGCCUUGAUGUUUCCCAUAAUCAGCUCACCUCGCUCCCUUCUGAAGUGAGCGUCCCGCAGAACCUCCAGUUCUUCUCGGCAGCUUUCAACUCCCUAGAGACACUACCAGAUGAGCUGUUCUCCUGUAAAAGAUUAAAGACUCUGGUUCUUGGUAACAACUGCCUGUCAUAUCUUAGCUCCAAAGUAUCCAACCUGGCGCAACUGGUGCGGCUGGAUAUUAAAGGAAACCGUCUUGAGUCUUUACCUCUGGAGAUAGCAGACUGCCCCCUGCUGUCAAGUGGCUUGAUAGUAGAGGACAGCCUGCUGGAUCUGUUACCAACAGAUGUACGAAACAAGCUGGCUCAAAGUUGAAUUUGUAACGGAAAGAACUGUCAUAGACUUGUCCUUGGUGGGUGACCAUGUCCUGAUAUGGAUGGGGGAAACAGAAUAUGUAUAGAAAAAAGAGAGAAGAACUUACGUACAUGUGUUUUUCAUGCAUUUCCCCUUUUUAAAUUUGUACCAAGUUAGUAUCUUAGUAUCUGUUUUUUUUGUUGUUGUUGUUUUUUGUUUUCUUUUACAAACCUGUUUUUAUGUAGCUGGUUUUACUGGUGUAGAUCAUACAGUCAUGUUAAGUUUAAGAUAAGACAAAGCAAGACAAGAUAAGGUAAUCCUUUAUUUAUCCCACACUAACUGUUGUGUGAAUGGAAAAAUGGCUCAGCACUACACACAGUUGUGCAGUUCUGUUUUGUUUGCUGAAUAUUUUGCGCUGUAUCCUGCUGAACAGGUUUCUACAACAGGAGUGCAGUAGCUCUUGUUGCUCCCUUUAGGGAGUGGAAUCCUUUCAGUAGCAACAUAAAAGAGGUCCAUCUCUCUGUUUACAUGUUCAGUCAAAUGGAGAAAAGAAUGAAUUCAUAGUGUUAUGCCUGAUGGAUAUAGGAGAAAAAAAGUGAAACACAGUGACUUCAAAGUUUGUCUUGAUAAGUUUUAGAUCAUUGUUCUUUUACAGUAGGUGUUGAUAUGUUUUUUUACCUGAAAAUGAUUUUGUCUGUAAUACAAACAAACACGGUUUCUACACCCCCCCAUCUUUGCUCUAUGUGCCAGUGUCUCCAACAAAUAACAAACCUGUCCUCCCCCUCAGCUAGGCAUUCCACUAUCCAGCCUAAACUCCAGUGCAGUCAUGUCCUGGCUUGUCUGGUUCCAAAAAGGGAUUGGUUUAUGGACAUACCUGUCUUAUGUUCAAAUAUACACUGACCUGCUGGUGACUCAAAGAAAA